AUGAAUAUUGAUCCGUCAAAAGUUAUUGGAAAUGGAAGCUACGGCUUUGUCGUGUUAGUUGGAGAAUAUUCAUGUACAAAUGUUCACCCAGAGAAGCGAUUAAAUAUCGAUGAGUGUACUGAAGUUCUUGAGUGGCUUAAAAAGGUGCUCAUAAAAGAUAGGCGAGUCGAAGUUGAUCUCUUUGAGCCGAUGAUUGAUAAAACACAAGUCAACGUGGUGAAACCAGUAGGCUUUGAUGGUACAACGGAAAGGCUACAGCUAGCUUUACAAAAUGAAGGACUUUGGGAUGGGGAAAUCAAUGCGGGCUUUCACAAUGACUACGCUUUCGAUAUCAACGUCGUGCCUUACAAAAACGAGACAAUUGGACAAUUAAAGAAAUAUCCCUUCUUGCAAUUGACUGGUUUCAGUAUUGACAUGAUCUUAAGCAUGUUUACUGAAAGAUUGACUACAAUUAUAAAUGAAAGAAGUUUGAGCCAAAGUGAUGCUUUGUGGUCGACUCUGCUUCAAAUGUGGAAACUGAGCGAAGAGACUCCAUUCGUGCACUAUCGUUACCGUCUUGGGAAUAAUUUAACGAGAGUUCCACUAUUUCGUGACUCAAAUCUGCAACAAACAAUAAUCAAUCGCUACGCAGAGCUACAUGAAGUUUAUGAUUGGUUUUUUCGAAUAAUGGAAGGAAUAAGCGUAGAUAAAGUUGUGAACAAAAAAGCUUUAGGAAUCCUUAAAUCGCAUUUGGAGCACUAUUUCGGAUGUCCAAACUAUUUUCUCUUUGCACGUGUUCGCAGUGAUCCAGAAAGACUUUGGAUUCAAAUACCGACUCUUGAGGGUGAAGAGGGACUUACGAUGCAUCGAGACACCCUUGCAUUUGCCAAUGUCACAGCAAAACAAAAUGAUAUUGAUCCAGCAAGAGAUGACUUACAAAUUGUCCCUCAAUAUUAUUUACAUUUUGUUGUUGAGAGAAUUUCGAUGACACUUGAAUCACAGGAGAAGAGUUUGCUCGAAGUUGUAUCAGAAAAAAACAAUGAAACUCCGAUGUCGAUAAAAGAUAGAUUU